AUGACAGAUAUUUCCAAACAGCUUGCGCAUCGACCAUCACUUCAAAAGCGUGUGUUUACGUUCAAUCACCGCUCGCCGUCGGAACUUGUUCGAUCAAAGCUAUCAACUGCCGAAAUACAGUAUCGAGCUCUCACCUCACUCCCAGAUGAGCUCCUCACGAAUAUCCCAGAGCACGAAAAUUCUUAUUCCUUAUUCCAAGGCUUCCAGGCGACCUUACCCGAUGAGCCUCGAGGAAGGACGACUACCAAAGGCUCCGGUCGGCAAAAGCUGCUUGAAGAUGCCAAUGGCGACGACUCUGGCCCACCAACACUGGGUAAAUUGAAUCGUGAAAAGGAGACGUUGGCACGGAAGCUAGAGAUGCUCGGGAUCAGGAAGAACAUGUCUUCGUCUGAGAUUAGGGAAAUCGAUAUAAAAAUAAUGAAUCUGAAUCAGAUGCGGAACAUUGUUCUAGACCGACUUGCAAAAUUGGAGCAGGACGAAGCUGAAGUCGAACAUGAAAUGUUGAAUCUUGAAAACAAGAUUGAGGACUUGCAGGAAGAACUCGAACUCGCCUCAGAAACUCAUGUUUCUGACGAUUCAAACGCUGAUGAUGGAAAAAGCGAGGAAUCCACAUUCAUGUCCGAAUCAAUCUAUGGAAAGCUCAACUCGCCAAAGCAAUCACGAAAACGAAAGUCUGCUCGCCGCAUCUCCAUGCCCAUACUUCACGAACACCUUGAACCUGGUAAAAGGAUCAAAGAAAUCCAUACUCAUUCCGAUAAUAUAACUGCCUUAGAUUUUGACGUUCCAUUUGGCACAAUGGUAACUGCAGCACUUGAUGACACCGUGCGAGUAUGGGAUCUUAAUUCUGGACGUUGUUUGGGGUUGCUGGAAGGCCACCAAGCCUCUGUUAGGUGUCUUCAGGUGGAAGAUAACAUGGUCGCAACCGGUUCAGCGGAUGCUACAAUCCGUCUAUGGGAUUUGUCUCGGGCAGAAAGCUAUAAAUUCACUCCCCCAUCUACAACCGGGUCGGUUCACAAGAGGUCAUCUGCCACAGCUUCUGUAUCGGCCUCUGUAAAUGAGGAAGAUGAUGAUGUAGAUGAUGAUGGGGCACACUCAACAAUGGGAUAUCACACUCCUUCGAUGUCAGAGUGUCAGGUUUUCUGUCUUGAUUCGCACGUAGGGGAAGUUACAGCACUGUACUUCCAGGGAGAUACUCUGGUCUCUGGCAGCGCCGAUAAAACCUUAAGACAAUGGGAUCUUGUCAAGGGAAGAUGUGUACAGACAUUGGAUGUUCUUUGGGCAGCGGCACAGAACAAUAUGGAUGAGGGUAAAUGGAGAGCAGGCGGACAAGGUGGUGGGCCUGAUGGCGACUUUGUCGGUGCUCUGCAAUGCUUUGAUGCUGCCCUUGCUUGUGGAACAGCAGACGGAAUGGUCAGGCUGUGGGAUUUGAGGAGUGGCCAAGUUCACCGAUCGUUGGUCGGCCAUACUGGACCUGUGACGUGCCUUCAAUUCGACGACGUGCAUCUCGUUACCGGAUCCCUCGACAGAAGUAUAAGAAUUUGGGAUCUACGAACUGGCUCGAUAUUCGAUGCUUUUGGCUAUGAUAACCCUAUCACCAGCAUGCAAUUUGACAGCCGCCGCAUUGUAUCAGCUGCUGGAGAGCCUGUCGCCAAGGUUUAUGACAAAACUGAGGGCAGACACUGGGAUUGCGGUGGUGCAGAUGGCAGCACGGAGAUUGUGGAGAGGGUCAAGGUUAAGGACGGAUAUCUCGUCGAAGGAAGAGUGAAUGGAACUGUAGGCAUAUGGGCUUGUUGA